CCCCGCGGCGCACCACAAGCUCAGAGCCCACGCUGCUAGCUACCAACCACUUGCAGCAGAUCGAUCUCGACCAGGUCGGAGACCCCGCUGCUCAGUUGCAGGCAGCUCUUAGCUACUGGAUGCCUCUUGCCAAUUAGAUAGCUAGGAGCCUAGGACCGAUCGAGUUGUAGGGCCGGCAGGGCCGGGGCAGGCAGUAGCAAGCAUGAUGCACCUGAACCUGAAGCAGCCACUGGCGGUGCUGCCGGGGCACCAGGGCAAUGUCGUCGUCGGCCCGUCGUCGCCGGCGCCGGCGGCGGGCGCCAGGAGGGUCGUCGGGGCGGCGUCCUCCGGCCGGCGGCACGUCAUGCCGAGGAUAAGCUGCAGCGCGACGGAGGAGAUCGGCGGCGCCGUGUCGGCGGCCACCGUGGAGAAGAUGCUGACCGUGAAGGCCACGGUGGAGGCGUCGCCGGCCAUCGGGCGGGUGUACGCCGCCCGCGGCCUCGACGACAUCGGCGACCUCCUCGGCAAGACGCUGCUCCUCGAGCUCGUCAGCUCCGAGCUCGACCCGAAGACGGGCCUGGAGAAGGAGCGUGUGACGGCGUUCGCGCACCGGACGCUGGUGGAGGGCCGGUACGAGGCGGAGUUCCAGGUGCCGGCGUCGUUCGGGCCGGUGGGCGCUGUGCUGGUCGAGAACGAGCACCACAAGGAGACCUUCAUCCGCGAGAUCAGGCUCGUCACCGCCGGCGACCCCAGCUCCGCCGUCACCUUCGACUGCAACUCCUGGGUGCACUCCAAGUUCGACAACCCCGAGAAGCGCAUCUUCUUCACCCUCAAGUCGUUCUUGCCGUCGGAGACGCCCAAGGGCCUGGAGGAGCUGAGGAAGAAGGACCUCGAGGCGCUGCGCGGCGACGGGCGCGGCGAGCGCAAGGCCUUCGAGCGCGUCUACGACUACGACGUGUACAACGACCUCGGCGACCCGGACCGGAACCCCGGCCACCGGCGCCCCGUGCUCGGCGGCAGCGCCGAGUUCCCCUACCCGCGGCGGUGCCGCACCGGCCGCGCCCGGGCCGCGACAGACCCGCGGGCGGAGCGCCGGGACGGCCACAACUACGUGCCCCGCGACGAGUGGUUCUCGGAGGUGAAGCAGCUCACCUUCGGGGCCACCACGCUGCGCUCGGGACUGCACGCACUGCUCCCCAUGCUGCGCCCGAUGCUGACCGAGAAGGAGCUCCGGUUCCCGCACUUCCCCGCCAUCGACGACCUCUACAGCGACGGCCUCCCGCUGCCGCCGGAGACCGGCUUCGACGCCAUCCGCACCGUCGUGCCGCGCAUGGUCAGGAUGGUCGAGGACACCACCGACCACGUCCUCCGCUUCGAGAUCCCCGGCAUGGUGGAGAGGGACCGGUUCUCGUGGUUCAGGGACGAGGAGUUCGCGCGGCAGACGCUGGCGGGGCUCAACCCGCUGUGCAUCCAGCUGCUGACCGAAUUCCCCAUCAGGAGCAAGCUGGACCCGGCGGUGUACGGCCCGGCGGAGUCCGCCAUCACCAGGGAGAUCCUCGAGAAGCAGAUGAGCGGCAACCUCACCGUCGAGGAGGCGCUGGCGGCGAGGCGGCUCUUCAUCCUCGACUACCACGACGUGUUCCUGCCCUACGUGCACAAGGUGCGGGAGCAGCAGGAGGCCACGCUCUACGGCUCCCGCACCGUCUUCUUCCUCACCGACCUGGGCACCCUCAUGCCGCUGGCCAUCGAGCUCACGCGGCCGCAGUCGCCGACCGGGCAGCCGCAGUGGCGGCGGGUGUUCACGCACGGGCCCGACGCCACCGACUCCUGGCUCUGGAAGCUGGCCAAGGCGCACGUGCUCAGCCACGACACCGGCUACCACCAGCUCGUCAGCCACUGGCUGCGCACCCACUGCUGCGUCGAGCCCUACAUCAUCGCCGCCAACCGGCAGCUCAGCCGGCUGCACCCCGUGUACCGGCUCCUGCACCCGCACUUCCGCUACACCAUGGAGAUCAACGCGCUGGCCCGGGAGAGCCUCAUCAACGCCGACGGCAUCAUCGAGCAGGCCUUCUGGCCGGGCAAGUACUCCGUCGAGCUCAGCUCCGUCGCCUACGGCGCCACGUGGCGGUUCGACAUGGAGGCGCUGCCCAACGACCUCGUCCGGCGCGGGCUCGCCGUGCGCAGGGGCGGCGACGGCGGCGAGCUGGAGCUCACCAUCAAGGACUACCCCUACGCCCACGACGGGCUCCUGGUCUGGGACUCCAUCAGGCGGUGGGCGGCGGACUACGUCGCCGUGUACUACGAGUCCGACGAGGCCGUCGCCGGCGACCCCGAGCUGCAGGCGUUCUGGGAGGAGGUGCGCACGGUGGGGCACGCCGACAAGAAGGACGAGCCGUGGUGGCCCGUGCUCGACACCCGCCGCAGCCUGGUUGAGACGCUCACCACCAUCAUGUGGGUCACCUCCGGCCACCACUCCGCCGUCAACUUCGGGCAGUACCACUACGGCGGUUACUUCCCCAACCGCCCCACCACCAUCCGGAAGAAGAUGCCGGUGGAGGAGGGCCGGGACGAGGAGAUGAGGAAGUUCAUGUCGCAGCCGGAGGCGACGCUGCUGGACAUGCUGCCCACGCAGAUGCAGGCCAUCACGGUGAUGACCACGCUGGACAUCCUCUCCGCGCACUCCCCCGACGAGGAGUACAUGGGCGAGCACGCCGAGCCGGCGUGGCUGGCGGAGCCCAGGGUGAAGGCGGCGUUCGAGAAGUUCGCCGGCAGGAUAAAGGAGAUCGAGGGCGUCGUCGACGAGUGCAACAGCAACCCGGAGUUGAGGAACCGCUGCGGCGCCGGGAUCGUGCCGUACGAGCUGCUCAAGCCCUUCUCCAAGCCGGGGGUCACCGGGAGGGGCAUCCCAAACAGCAUCUCCAUCUGAUCGAUGAUCUGAUCGAGCUUCGACGAUCCAGUCCAGGGGGAGAUUGCAUGCAUUGAGAAAUAAAAUGUACCACUACUCUGUGCACGAUAUGACUGUACAAUUACUAUUGAUUAUUGUACAUGAUGUAUCACUGCAAGAGACGUUUUUUAGUUACAAAAUAAAAAAGGAGUAUAUUUGCUAGCAUUUCUGUGGUCUUUGGGCAUUACCAAGAUAAAGGGCCAAAUCAUAACUAGACUUACCAACUUGUAGCAUCUAGUUUGAUGCUAUUUUCCA